CGCGGAGCGGGCGUGCUCCCGGCGGAGAGUUGGAGGAGUUACCGCGCUGGGCUCCUGUGGCAGCAGGGCGCGGAGCUGGGUGCGCGCCGAGCCUCUGCCUCCCGCCGCCUCCUCGCCCUCCAUUCCUCGCUCCCCGUCUUCGCAGCCCCGCCAAGCCGCCGCGACCGCCACUGCCGCCUGCCUAGGAACUGCAGCCGGGGGCUGGAGGGUGCCCCGCGGGGCCGAAACCCGCGGGGAGGUGCGGGGUGCCAGGGCGCGGGGGAGCGCGCCGGGCCCUGCCCCGGAUCAGAUAACAGCCAGCGGGGCGGGCGGGGGGGGGCGGCUGCGCUCUCCGCGGGACCGGGGGACGGACGCCAGCCGCGCCCGCCCGAAGCGAGCGCCUGGCGGCCGGGGGCGCCGUCCAGGCGCGCGCCCCCGACCCGUGGCUUGGAAGCAGGGCGGUCCGCGUCCCGGACGGACGCGCCCCUCAGCAUGGAGCGGCCCCGUGGGCUGCCCUAGGUGGCAGCGGCGGCAAUGCAGCUAGCACGCCGGCGGCGGCCGGGGCCAGGGACGGCCGCCUGGAGCUCAGAGGAUGCGGAGCGCGCCGCGCCCCGGCCACUGACCGAGGGUCUUCUCAUGACCGGAUCCUGCCCAGCUGGUGUCUGGGGGAUGGCAGCCGCUGCCCGUUUGCCCGUGAAGACAGUUACUUGCCUGCUCAGCACCAUUACUUAGAAGACAAAAUUGAAGAGGAGCCAGCCUGGGCACGAGCCGGGGCUCCCCGCCACCCGGGAUGACCGCAGCCAGCCGGGCCAACCCCUAUAGCAUUGUGUCAUCAGAGGAGGACGGGCUGCACCUGGUCACCAUGUCAGGCGCCAACGGCUUUGGCAACGGCAAGGUGCACACGCGGCGCCGCUGCCGCAACCGCUUCGUCAAGAAAAACGGGCAGUGCAACAUCGAGUUCGCCAACAUGGACGAGAAGUCGCAGCGUUACCUGGCUGACAUGUUCACCACCUGCGUGGAUAUCCGCUGGCGCUACAUGCUGCUUAUCUUCUCGCUGGCCUUCCUGGCCUCCUGGUUGCUAUUCGGGGUUAUUUUCUGGGUGAUCGCCGUGGCUCAUGGCGACCUGGAGCCGGCUGAGAGCCGGGGCCGCACCCCAUGUGUGCUGCAGGUGCACGGCUUCAUGGCGGCCUUCCUGUUCUCCAUCGAGACGCAGACCACCAUCGGCUACGGGCUGCGCUGCGUGACUGAGGAGUGCCCCGUGGCCGUCUUCAUGGUGGUGGCCCAGUCCAUCGUGGGCUGCAUCAUCGACUCCUUCAUGAUCGGCGCCAUCAUGGCCAAGAUGGCGCGCCCCAAGAAGCGGGCACAGACCCUGCUGUUCAGCCACAAUGCCGUGGUGGCAUUGCGCGACGGCAAGCUCUGCCUCAUGUGGCGCGUGGGCAACCUGCGCAAGAGCCACAUCGUGGAGGCGCACGUGCGCGCCCAGCUCAUCAAGCCCAGGGUCACUGAGGAGGGCGAGUACAUCCCGCUGGACCAGAUCGACAUUGACGUGGGCUUCGACAAGGGCCUUGACCGCAUCUUCCUGGUCUCGCCCAUCACCAUCCUGCAUGAGAUCGACGAGGCCAGCCCGUUGUUCGGCAUCAGCCGGCAGGACCUGGAGACAGACGACUUCGAGAUUGUCGUCAUCCUCGAGGGCAUGGUGGAGGCCACAGCCAUGACCACGCAGGCCCGCAGCUCCUACCUGGCCAAUGAGAUCCUGUGGGGCCAUCGUUUUGAGCCGGUUCUCUUCGAGGAGAAAAACCAGUAUAAGAUCGACUAUGCGCACUUCCAUAAGACCUAUGAGGUGCCCUCCACGCCCCGCUGCAGUGCCAAGGACCUGGUUGAGAACAAGUUCCUGCUGCCCAGCGCCAGCUCCUUCUGCUACGAGAACGAGCUGGCCUUCCUAAACCGCGAUGAGGAGGAGGAGGGUGAUGCCGGAGACCCGGCUGCCGCCGCUGCCGCUGUCCCCGGCCGCAGCCCCCAGGCCAGGCACGACUUUGACCGGCUGCAGCCGGCUGGGACUCUGGAGCAGCGGCCCUACAGACGGGAGUCAGAGAUCUGAGCCGCUCCCGGGGCCUAGGUGCAGUGUCCGCUCCAGCCUUGUUUGGUUGUGGGGUGGGGAUAAGGGAGAGGCCCCAGAGGGCGGCGGCCCACUGCCCCAGGUUGGAGCAGACGGGGCGGGCUGCUGUGGGCUCACAGACUCAGUAGCGUUGUAGUGUCUCCAGUUUCUUCACAGUAGCCUCAGGGGGGUCAGUGGGGGCCCGAGAGUGGCGGUCCCUGGGCCUAGCAGGUGCAGAGCCUGGGAGAAGGGGAGGUGGGGGCAGGGCUCAGGCCCCUGCUGCAGCCUUCUCCUGGCUGGCUGGCUGGCCCUGCCUCCUUGCUGCCAGGCGCCCGGCUGGUUUUUAUAACUUGGGGAGAAACAUGGAGUUUUUGGCUUUCUCAGCCCGAGCUUGGGUCAGACUGUUUACAAAAAAACAACCGACAACAACAAUUGACAACAAAUUAACAGUGCGGUCGAAAACAGAAUCUUUUUAAUUCUUGGGUAGAUCCAAGGACGAUUAGAAUUCUUCCAGACGCAAGCAGCUGGCUGGAGGCGCCAGAGGGUUCUCCGAGGCUGGACUGGCCUCUCCAUCCCUCCCACCCCUGCCUCCACCCCGCAGUCCUGCCAGAGCAGGCGUGGGGAUGGCAGGGCUCCGUGCUCCCCACCCUGUCUACCGCCUGUGCUCCCAGGGUGACUUAGGCCCCCUUUGUGUCUGGGAACCAGAGUGAAGGCAUGUUGGCCGUCCCUGCUGGCGAGUG